GCAACACAGCAAUUGUGAGUGGUCGUGUCAAGACAGAUGCUUUGCCCAUCGUUUUUUGCAAUAAAUUAAUUGAUUUCUUCUAAUUAAAUUAUAGUGAAUCAAUUUUGUUAGCAAUGCAAGUGUGAUGUGAGCCAUGAGAAAUAUUAUUCAACAAACAGUGAUGCGAAAGACUUCAAAAUAGGGGGUGUAUCACGAAAUAAAAAAUGGCUUCUGGAGAUACCGAUCACAUUGAAGUGAUGGAUAGUACGGUAUCUAAAAAGUCUGAAAAUGCAACUGGAACAUCAAUCUCCGAGGACGAUGAUCGCGACAGGGUCUCCAUCGCUGAAAAGAAUGUUCCGUACGACCCGGCGGUGGGCCCGCUGGGCGCCAUCAGCAAGGUGCACAAGUCGGACCGCAAGAUCGGGCACCGGCGAGUGGGCGAGGGCGGCGAGAUCACCUACAAGAAGAUACAGUCGUCGCAGAUCAUGGGCUCCAUACAGCUUGGGAUCCAGCACGCAAUCGGCGGCCUCGCCUCCAAACCGGAGCGGGACCUUCUCAUGCAGGACUUCAUGACGGUGGAGACGACCAACUUCCCGCACGAGGGCAGCAACCACACGCCCGCGCACCACUACUCCGAGUUCAAGUUCAAGACGUACGCGCCGAUCGCGUUCCGGUACUUUAGGGACCUGUUCGGGAUACAGCCGGACGAUUUUCUGAUGUCCAUGUGCAGCGCGCCGCUCCGCGAGCUCUCCAACCCUGGAGCCUCAGGCAGCAUCUUCUACCUCACCAACGACGACGAGUUCAUCAUCAAGACGGUGCAGCACAAGGAGGGCGAGUUCCUGCAGAAGCUGCUGCCCGGGUACUACCUGAACCUCGACCAGAACCCACGCACGCUACUCCCGAAGUUCUUCGGGCUAUACUGCUACCAGUGCAACAGCAAGAACGUGCGGCUGGUGGCCAUGAACAACAUCCUGCCGUCGGCCGUCAAGCUGCACCAGAAGUACGACCUCAAGGGGUCCACCUACAAGCGAAAGGCGAACAAAUCGGAGAAGCAGAAGAAGUCUCCCACGUACAAGGACCUGGACUUCAUGGAACACCACACUGAGGGAAUCUUUCUUGAAGCCGACACGUACACUGCGCUCAUCAAGACGAUGCAACGGGACUGUCGCGUGCUGGAGAGCUUUAAGAUAAUGGACUACUCUCUACUAGUCGGCAUCCACAAUUUGGACGAGGCGCAGCGCGAGAAGAGCUCUGCGCGCGAGCAGGCCGCCUCCGACAGCGACGCGCAGCCAGGGCUGCACCGCACCAGGUCCGAUGCCAAGGAGGACUUUGGCACUCAAGUCAAACGGACACAGUCCAUCAACCGGCAGCGUCUCGUGGCUCACUCCACGGCCAUGGAGAGCAUCCAGGCGGAGUCCGAGCCCAUUGAUGAGGAGGAGGAUGUGCCCCCCGGCGGUAUUCCAGCGCGGAACGCGCGCGGGGAGCGCCUGCUGCUGUUCCUCGGAAUAAUCGACAUCCUGCAGUCGUACCGCCUCCGGAAGAAGCUCGAGCACACGUGGAAGAGCAUGAUACACGACGGGGACACAGUGUCGGUGCACCGGCCCAGCUUCUACGCGCAGCGCUUCCUCGACUUCAUGGCCAAGACCGUCUUCAAGAAGAUACCUUCGUUGGACCUGCCCGAGAUCAAGGGGAACCACCGCAAGUUCCGCACGCUCGUCACCAGCUACAUAGCAUUGAAACACUCUCCAUCGAAGCGAAAGAGCAUCGCGAAGCCGAGCCGCGCCGCCGAAGACAUCGACACGCCAGGAUCAAGCGGAAUGGGCAGUGGCAAAGCAGUCUCUUUGUCUGACGUCACAGCUCACAUUACGUCUCCAUCCGUGACGUCACCGGUGUCGACUGCCGCUAAGAUUAUCAUGCAAUCGUCCACAAAGACGACGAUGGCGUCUUCUGAGCCCGAGAUAGCUUUCCCAGCUGUUCUAAAGGGUUCUAAGCAGCGGGUGCCCCCGCCGGUGCCUCCCAGAGGCUCCCCUAAGCCGAAACGCGGCGGCGCUACGUCUUACUCCAGUCUCGACACUAAAGUUGGCGCCCCCCUGUCCUGCUGUUCGACGCCCCCGCCCCCGUUCGAGGAGGCGCCCCCAGCGCGCACCAGCCGCACUAACAGCUCAUCUACAACGUCGUCGUCUGCGUCCGGGCGUCGUCGUGGUGCGUCGUCGGCUGCCAGUGUUAUAACGACGUCAUCUGCGUCGUCGCUCGCGUUGACGCCGGCCGCGUUGAGUAGCGCACGGAGCAAUGAUGCUAGCGUAUGUUGGACGCCGCCGGCGUCGGUGGAGGGCUCCACGCCGACCUGGACCGAGGGCACACCCAGCUUCACGGAGUCCAGUAGCAGCGAGCAAGGCUACCCAAUAACCCCGGCCCGCGGCGCCACUCCCGUGGACGGGCGACGCUCCCCCCGCGCGCCGCCGCCCCCCGCGCGCGCCUCCGCCAUCAACUGUCUCACUAGCGAAAUGUUGCACUUAAAAGAACGCGUAGAUAACGACUACCAAUGAUUAGAAAAAACACAUAAUAUAUAUACAUAUUUACAUAGCAAUCGCCUCCAUUUUGUUUUCAACAAUUCCAUUGCUAGCUUAUUAAUAUUUUAGGAGAUGUAAUUUUUUUAAAUAACCUAAUCUUUAUCAAAUUGGGUGCUUCCAUUUUGAGGAAAGCGUUUUAAAACAGUAGGUACUAUUUUUGAUGGUAUGUCUAAGGGUGCCAAUUGGCCGACAACGAGAUGAGGUUGCAAUAGACGACAAGUCGCAACGUCACUUCUGAAGGCCUAGCACGGGGUGCUAGGUGCGCAUUCUAGGACGUGACAAAAGUUUUUCUUCUCACUCACAUCGCGCGGCUUCGAGAGCGAGUGUUACGGAAAACUUUCAUCACAUCUUGACGUGCGCGUCUUGCGCCCCGUGCUAGCCCUUAUGGUUGAGGUGUUCAUUUGGCAGCUAAGUCACAUGACGAUUGACGACACAACCAUAGUAAUCAUAGCCUGUAGUACGAGUUUUGCAAUUUAUGUAAACGAAAAAAGUUUUAGUAUUCUUCUGUCACCUGCAUACAUUAUCUGUCAAAAAUUUCAUGAUAGUUUCCGCUAGAGGCGCCACUUUGUAUGCGAGAAAACUGUAACUUUUAUAGUUUUCGACAAACUGUCAAACCUAUACUAGACGUGCAGUAGUGAUUGCGCGACCAUGGCGUGCUAUUGCCACUUCAAUUCAGUUGAAGCCAAUUUACACCUUAAUGCAAUGUGGUUUAGUAAGAGGGUCGUUUGGCAUUUGGAAUUAAAGUCUUUGGCACUAAAGCCACUGUUAAUCGGAAUUGUUUUUUUUAAAUUAUCGAAUUUGCAUUUUAUAAGCUAGAAUAAUGUUGCACAUUUGAAUUCGAUGCCAAAAAUGUGGACCCAUUUAUGUGUAUUUAAUAAUUAAAAAUACGGUUAUCAUGCCCGUUAUUGUAGACGCAUUCGACUUUUUAAAAAUGUUUUUCAGUAAAAAAAAAGUCAUAAUAAACCAAUUAGCAAUUUAGUCCGUUAUAUGGGUUAGUCUUGGUUAAAAAAAAUACAUUGUACUUUUUUAUUAAAAAAAAACUCUACUUUAUUAUUUUAUUUUUUAUCAAUGCCGAUCAAUAAUAUGACUGUACUACCUUACUACCAUUAAAAUGGGUGAAAACUUAUAAAUCUAGACAUUAUAGUCAUUCAUUACAUUAAAUAGAUUUUUUUAAAUUUUUGUUACAAAUUGCUAUUUGGUUUAUUAUCAAGCUACAUUUACGGGUAUUGUUCUCGUGAAAAUUACGUAGUUGGCUGAUUUUCUCAGUCUCAUAGAAAAUAUAAAACUGUUUAGAAAAAAACGACUGAUUUGGUCAAGAUAAAAUAGAAGUAAACGAUUACCGCUUAAGUUCAUUUUAGAUAACGUUUUUUUUAAUCGGCCUGUAUUUUCACACGCCGAUUUUUUAUAUCUUGUAAAUUAUUUAAAACGAUUUAAAAAUCAUAUCAAUUGGUUUGCAUAGUACAAAUUCGGGUAAAAUAUUGUAAUUCAUAAUGCCUUUGAAUAUAAAUCUUAUUUAUUUUAUAAUUAUUAUUUUUCGCUUGCCAAACUGACCAAAAGCCGACAGUUGUUGUUACAAUAAAUAACCAGUAUUUACUCUCAACGUGUUAUUAAAGCUAUGACUUAAAUGGUUGUUCAAAGAUAAUGAAAGCAAUCUGUUAAACGCUUAAAAAUAUAACCCGCUUUUUGUGAAUGUACUUAAAUAAUGUUAAUAUGUAUAAUGUUUCCAAUUGAAGGGGUUUUUACAAAAACAACUGCCUAAAAGCAAUCAUUGUCAUGCUUUAAGUUUAUUUUUAAAGUUUUUUUUAAUGUAAAUUGAAUUUUUAAAAACUGUGUUUUUUAUUGCAAAAUGGCGGUUUUACCGUUCCAUAUUGCAUAUUGGAUGACAAUUUCAGUGAUAUUAGGAACCGAAACUUAAAAAAUACAAUGUAAAAGUAGUUAAUUGUUACGUUGUUGUUGUUUUUGUAAAAAUCCUUCAAUUAUGAUCAGAUGUAUGUCGUUUAAUUGUCUGUAGGCAUUUUCCACUCCCCCGGUUUUUUACCAAAGUUCGUAAACUAAUACAGGGUGUUGCAAAAAUGGUAUAGUAAGGAGGUAACUCAGCUUGUCAUCCAGAACAGCUUUUUAAAAUUAGUUAUAAAACAAUAAAUACAAAAAAACAUGUAUUGACAUAAAACAAUAUGAAAAUUUCUGAAGGUCCUAGAAUAAAAGUUUAAGACCACCCUGCUUACUAAACUCAUUUGGAUGUUAACCCUGUAUACCUAAAUUAUAUCCGCAAUAGAAUUUUUAAAUAAAACCAAAACAGCUUCUUUUAAAAUUCAUAUGGGUACUUAUAUACAUAAUACGUACUUUAAAAUGUUUACAGACAAUAUCGUUGAUUUAUGUACGAGGUGACCAAUGUAAUUCAAAAACUACUGUGAGAUAAUAAAAUUUUAUUUAUCACAAAUUAGCAAUGCCAUAUAAAACAUAAAUUAAACUUUUAUUUUAAAAUCAUUAAGUAUAGAAAUUGGACUAAAUUACCAAUUGCAAUAUUUUCUUAAAUUACAAAUUGCAAUAUUUUCUUACUUACUGUCGAUUUUUUAUUUUAUUUUAUAAGAGGUCCCGUGGAGGUCCUUUACAAUACUUUUAGGUUGGCUAUGGUCACCUCUAUACGUAAUCUAGAGCUGUUUCGUUAUUUGUGUCGUUGUUACUAUUAUAUCAAUACAUAUUGUAUAUUUGUUGUUGUUAACUAUUUAAGACAAUCGAUAAUAUGUAGGUAAAUAAUAAAAAAAAACAUUUUGAAAAAUA